ACCAGCUGCAAUAGAAUUGUGAGAUUGCUCAAUAUUUGGGCAUAUACUGUAGCUGAACCAAAAUACAUUCUCCAGUUGAAUUGUAUGUUCACUCAACUUUAGAUUUUAGGAGUUGAGUGUACAUACAAUUCAACUUGAGAAUUUAUUUGACCUUUUUGCAUAUUUCCCAGUGUGCCUAUCGAGCGAUUUGUAGUUACCACCCAUGUCUGUAUUUGUUAGAGACAGACACAUAUAUGUUGUAGUCAAUGGUUUUCAGUCUUGUAGCUUUCACCAAUUGUGUGUCUAAGUGAAUAUGUUGUUUUUUAAAUUAAACUCUUUAUGACAGUGCAUUACAUAAUAGAUACAUAAGGCCUUUCUUUGAGGGCUUAGUUACACCCUAACGCAGCAGUUUGAAACUCCUGGUUUACAGGCAAAGUGAUGUGUAGUUCCUAUUGGAGAACAGUUAGAGUGAGGAUAUCCAACAAUUGGAACUUUUAAUCAUCUGCAUCCUGCAUUCAGAAUUACUUCUGGAGUAGGGAAGAUUGAUUAUUAAGACGACCUAAAUCAUAUAAACUGGAAUAGCCAUCUCAGAACUGGGUGCAAUAAGUCCAACUACUAACACAUUGGAUUAGUUUAGAAAAAUGUAUGUUUGUGUAGCAUAAGAGGAAUCAACCAAUGUGCAUGCAAAAACACAGGUAUUGAAACAAACAAUUCUGAAAAUCAACCUGCAAUAGAGCAUGCUGGGCAAUAUAAUAAUGAUGGCUGUUGUUUUGAGCAAAAAUGAACUUAAUUAUUUUUAAUCGGGAGGUGCUGGAACAAAAAGUGAGCGCGAGAGGGGGGUGACUUGUGGAGUUCCGAGGUACCGGAACACAUGAGGAUAAAAGUUACCUUUAUAAUAAAGCAUUGCAUACAUUUCAUUGCAUAUGCGUAGUGGCAUCGAGCAGUAGAGUAAAGGCACUUACAGAAGCUGCACACAUGGGGAACAUUUUUAGUAGCCUGGGGUCUGGAAAAAUGUGUCCUUUUAUAAACGCAUUUCAUACAAUUCUACAUAAUUUUACAUGACUGAAGACUUUGUCAGAAUCUUUUUUAAUACCGCACAAAUGAUCGAAAUGGCAGGCUACUUUGACACUGACAAGCUAAGAAUCUGAGAUCAAUAAAAAGGACCUUGUCUUGAGUCCAUCAAUAGCCUAGGCCUCAGUGUGUGGAGACAAAUAUUGUAGGCUACAAUAUGAGGAGGAAAUUAUAAUCCUAAUAGUGCUUUCCAGUUUCACUGACUCACCCAAAGAUGAGCAGCUCACUUGCUAGUGAUGGCCUGUGAGCUCGUGCCGAAAGCCUCUCUCUCAUUUGUAAAACAAUAUUUGGAAGUUGAUCAAAUAUUUUUGUAGCCUACAGCAUAGUCUUCUCUAAACCUGUGUUUUCCCUCAAUUGUAUUUGAAAUAUUGUGAAAGGCCUGUUUUGCCUGCCUGCUGUUUUUUCACUGACAGAUUUCUUGUUUGUUCCAGACUGUAGGCUAUUCCGUGUUAUUGGGUUACAAUCCACAGCUAGGCAAGCUAUUGAUCCUCUGUGGCAAAAUUAUUGGCCUUCCCGAGCUGAAAAUCAAAUUUUUCACAUUGUUUUUUUGUGGGGACAGGAGAAUUAAGAGGUAAAUCGAAUUAACUUUGAUCACUUUUAUUCUAGUUUUUACAAUGCAAAAAGUUAACAUUAUUUUUCAUGCCAGGAGAGGUACCGGAUCUGGCCAAAUAGGUUCCGUGACAAAACAGGGAGGUGCUGGAUCCUGUUCCGGCAAGAUCCGGCUCAAAUUAAGCACUGAAUUUAGGUCACUUUCAGCAGAGUUUGAUGAGUAAACAAACUUUAACAUAUUAGCUCGAAUUCUUGGUUUGAAGUCCCUUCAACUCAUAGAAUAACGCAGAUUAAACAAUUGUUUACGUACAGUGUAGGACCUAUUUUCAUGGUAUUGUACAGUGGUGCAAAAAAGUAUUUAGUCAGCCACCAAUUGUGCAUGUUCUCCCACUUAAAAAGAUGAGAGAGGCCUGUAAUUUUCAUUAUAGGUACACUUCAACUAUGGCAGACAAAAUGAGAAAAAAAAAUCCAGAAAAUCACAUUGUAGGAUUUUUAAUACAUUUAUUUGCAAAUUAUGGUGGAAAAUAAGUAUUUGGUCAAUAACAAAAGUUUAUCUCAAUACUUUGUUAUAUACCCUUUGUUGGCAAUGACAGAGGUCAAACGUUUUCUGUAAGUCUUCACAAGGUUUUCACACACUGUUGCUGGUAUUUUGGCCCAUUCCUCCAUGCAGAUCUCCUCUAGAGCAGUGAUGUUUUGGGGCUGUUGCUGGGCAAAAUGGACUUUCAACUCCCUCCAAAGAUUUUCUAUGGGGUUGAGAUCUGGAGACUGGCCACUCCAGGACCUUGAAAUGCUUCUUACGAAGCCACUCCUUCGUUGCCCGGGCGGUGUGUUUAGGAUCAUUGUCAUGCUGAAAGACCCAGCCACGUUUCAUCUUCAAUGCCCUUGCUGAUGGAAGGAGGUUUUCACUCAAAAUCUCACGAUACAUGGCCCCAUUCAUUCUGUCCUUUACACGGAUCAGUCGUCCUGGUGCCUUUGCAGAAAAACAGCCCCAAAGCAUGAUGUUUCCACCCCCAUGCUUCACAGUAGGUAUGGUGUUCUUUGGAUGCAACUCAGCAUUCUUUUCUAUUUUUUUUUUUUUUUUUCAAAUUUUUAUCCCCUUUUCUCCCCAAUUUUUGUGGUAUCCAAUCGCUAGUAAUUACUAUUUUGUCUCAUCGCUACAACUCCCGUACGGGCUCGGGAGAGACGAAGGUCGAAAGCCAUGCGUCCUCCGAGGCACAACCCAACCAAGCCACACUGCUUCUUUAACACAGCGCGCCUCCAACCCGGAAGCCAGCCGCACCAAUGUGUCGGAGGAAACACCGUGCACCUGGCCCCCUUGGUUAGCGCGCACUGCGCCCAGCCCGCCACAGGAGUCGCUGGAGCGCGAUGAGACAAGGAAAUCCCUACCGGCCAAACCCUCCCUAACCCGGACGACGCUAGCCCAAUUGUGCGUCGCCCCACGGACAUCCCGGUCGCGGCUGGCUGCGACAGAGCCUGGCAACUCAGCAUUCUUUGUCCUCCAAACACGACGAGUUGAGUUUUUACCAAAAAGUUCUAUUUUGGUUUCAUCUGACCAUAUGACAUUCUCCCAAUCUUCUUCUGGAUCAUCCAAAUGCUCUCUAGCAAACUUCAGACGGGCCUGGACAUGUACUGGCUUAAGCAGGGGGACAGGUCUGGCACUGCAGGAUUUCAGUCCCUGGCGGCGUAGUGUGUUACUGAUGGUAGGCUUUGUUACUUUGGUCCCAGCUCUCUGCAGGUCAUUCACUAGGUCCCCCCUUGUGGUUCUGGGAUUUUUGCUCACCGUUCUUGUGAUCAUUUUGUCCCCACGGGGUGAGAUCUUGCGUGGAGCCCCAGAUCGAGGGAGAUUAUCAGUGGUCUUGUAUGUCUUCCAUUUCCUAAUAAUUGUUCCCACAGUUAAUUUCUUCAAACCAAGCUGCUUACCUAUUGCAGAUUCAGUCUUCCCAGCCUGGUGCAGGUCUACAAUUUUGUUUCUGGUGUCCUUUGACAGCUCUUUGGUCUUGGCCAUAGGGGAGUUUGGAGUGUGACUGUUUGAGGUUGUGGACAGGUGUCUUUUAUACUGAUAACAAGUUCAAACAGGUGCCAUUAAUACAGGUAACGAGUGGAGGACAGAGGAGCCUCUUAAAGAAGAAGUUACAGGUCUGUGAGAGCCAGAAAUCUUGCUUGUUUGUAGGUGACCAAAUACUUAUUUUCCACCAUAAUUUGCAAAUAAAUUCAUUAAAAAUCCUACAAUGUGAUUUUCUGGAUUGUUUUUUCUCAUUUUGUCUGUCAUAGUUGAAGUGUACCUAUGAUGAAAAUUACAGGCCUCUCAUCUUUUUAAGUGAGAGAACUUGCACAAUUGGUGGCUGACUAAAUACUUUUUUGCCCCACUGUAACUGUAUGAGCUGCAGUAUCUACAGCUACACUUUUUGAAAACAGAGUUCCAAAGGGGUUCUUCGGCUGUCCCCAUAGGAUAACCCUUUGAAGAACCCUUUUUGGCUCCAGGUAGAACCCUUUUGGGUUCUAUGUAGAACCCUCUGAGUGUAGUGUAGCCUACAGAUGUAAAAUCUUAAUUCGAGCCAGGUUGAUACAGCAGGAAAAUAAUCCUGCAGCAACAGGAAAUGUAAAUAAUUGCGUGGAUUAUAAUUAUUGGACAUUUUUGUAGGGGUUGAUACAUUUUUCAUAAGGGAAAAUCAAGUCUGAAAUGUCAAAAUUACAAACUUCAGAAGACUUGUUAAACUUCAAAUACAGUACAAGUUGAAAAUGUCCUGAAUAGCAGGAAAGUUCUCCUGCAACAGGGUGAUCAAAUUAAGAACCUACAUCUGUAUGAUGCCCAUCACUCAUAAGUGGGUGGUCCAAUGAGCAAGGGGCGUGUUCGACUGUUUCACCCCUCCUCUAUGGUAGAGAAAGUAUGCAAUGUUCCUAUAUGAUGCAGCUCCAACCCCCAUCAUACUUCAACUGGGGUAUUCGUGACUACGAGGAUACGACAGACAAACGUGUCCUACCCCCUGCCAUUCAAGUCUGCCCCUCCCUAACCCUCUGCCCUGAGGCCUGAUCUCUGGGCGUCCAUGCCCACACCCCCAUUUUACUGCGCUGGUGGACAGACACAGGGAUGAGCAACAGUGGGACCAAGGAGCCGUCACCACAGCGAGGCGUGGCCCAAUCACCUGCCUCUACACCUCCACGCAGGGGCCGGGGUCGCCCACGGAAACAACAGGAGGAGCCCACAGGCCCCCCAACUCCAAAGAGGCCGAGAGGACGACCCAGAGGAAGCAAGAACAAAGGCCCUCGUGCCACACCCAAGGAAGUAGAGCCUGUCGGGGAGAGAAGACCAAGGGGCCGGCCUAGGAAAUGGCCUCAGAGAGUAGUUCAAGAAGUUGUCCAGGAACAGCAGGGUCCUUCAGAAGAAACCGAGGAGGGCCCCUCACAGUCACAGUCUUUACGCACUGAGGCUUCACCAUCUCACUCUCCAGCCCAGGAAGAGUCAGAGGGGGAAUAGACAAUGUGCCACAGUACUACCUCAAGGUUUGGGCAGAGACAAAGAGGUGUAUACUCUUAGAAAAAAGGGUUCCAAAAGGGUUCUUUGGCUGUCCCCAUAGGAGAACCCUUUUGGUUCCAGGUAGAACACUUUUUGGUUCAAGGUAGAACAUUUUUAAGUUCCAUGUAGAACCCUCUGUGGGUUCUACAUGCAAACAAUAAGGGUUCUCCUAUGGGGACAGCCCAAAAAAACUUUUAGGUUCUAGAUAGCAACUUUUUUUCUAAGUGUAUAAUCCAACCUCCACUGUCAUGAGGAUCUAAAACAACAGAUAAUAGCCCUGCUUUGUAGAACAGUAGGCCUGGUUGGGUUAUUGUGCCUGGAGUCUAUCCAGCCCUGUGGCUGGGUCAAUCAAUGAUGGACAUAGCUUUGGUCAGUUGAUUGAUUACUAAGGAUUUGGUCAAUGCGUGCAACAAUGCAGUUUGACUGCCCAAACCCUUUCUCAUGAACGAGAUUGGUUGAUGCUGUGUGUUUGUGUGUGCGUGCGUGCGUGCAUGCAUAUGCAUGUAUGUGAGCACGUACAUGUGUGCGUGUAUGUGGUGAUAAUGGUGGUGGGAUGGUGGUGAUAAUGGUGGCGAUAAUGGGGGUGAUAAUGGUGGUGGGAUGGUGGGGGAAGGGGUUUAAAAAGAAAAGGAUGCAUUUCAAACAGCGGCUGCUGGGACAAGAGUCAUGACCCAAUUUACCUUAUGUCUGUCCUGAUUGUGAAGAAACACAGGGAUAUUUUGUUAGAUAUACAUUUGAAUACAUUUUACAUUACCAUUAACAUGAGCAGAAAUAAGUCUAAACUCAACAGUGUCCAAUUGACAUGACAUCGGACCACACUCAGGUUUUGUAUUUACCUUUAUCUUCUCAAUACACUCAUUAAAACCUCAGGUAUUUUGCCUUAAUGUAGCUAUGCAUUUAGCUAUUCAGAAACAUGUCAUUCUACUCAGUUAUGAUAUCAUUCUAUUUUAUUGUGUAUAAUGCAUUUCUGAUUUGUUUUUUGACAUUCACAAUAUGACUUGACACACAAACCUCAUUCAGACCUCAACUCACCUCAGCCCCUUUACCUUUCAAUCUACCUCAGUCACGGAAAAGCAGAGAACUCUUAUAGCCUCUCCCCAUGCCAAAAAAACGAACACACACACAUACCUACUCAGGAUACUCCCAUACGUACUGUACCCGCUAGCCUCACACUCUCCCUCCCACUUCCAUGCUGACAAACUCUUUAAGUGAGUCCCAGCAGAAGCCUUUAGUAGCUCUGAUGAAAUGUCUGUCAUGAGAAUUGGUCUAUCUACAGUACCUAGGUUCAAAAGGACCCAAUAUUUUACUGUUUGCUGUAGUUUUUACUUAUGUUUUAUUUGUUCUAUCACAACCUCUGUGAACCCUUACAUGCUCCCCUCUUAGCUUUUUACAUAAGAUACGUCAUAAUUUAAUUUCAUGUUCUCACUUUCACACUGCAGAUAUGUUAGAUUAACAACCAUACCAUUUGAUGAAUUGAUGUCAGUGACAUGUGAGACAUGAAAUAGUGAGAUAAAAGUUAACAUUUAGUAUUUAGUAUAUGUAGUAUAUGCAUUUAGUAUAUGUAUUUCUGGAGAGGGUGGACUUGGCCACAUGCAGUCUUUUUCUGUCAGUUGCAAGUUUCUAACCUAUACUCUGUCUUUUUCUUGUUAAUUCACCUCUUUGGCUGGAAUCACUGUUUGCCAUGUGGACCAGGUCUGAAACGAGUCUGUUUUUGGCACUGAACACUGUCCCAGAGGGGUGGCUGACUGAUUUUAGCUUUGCUUAUCCCAUGCGAUCUUAUGAGACCUAUAGAACAUAUAUCUGCUGUCCACUCAUCUCACUAGGUUCAUAACAGCAUAUCGUACAGGUAAAUAAACCCGAAGUACUGCAUUGUGAUGUCAGUAGAAGUGCCUCCUAACCUAACGUCAUACCUCAGCAAUGUCAGGAUAUCUACUGUCUAUAUUAUGUUGACAGUGUUGCUCUAUGAGCUUACUGAUAUAGAUACAGUAUAUUCAGUGUGUGUGUGUAUAUAUAAGAACACAUAUCUUAGGAGUUUGUCAUGUGCUUGUUGUAAUGCUUUAUGUACAAGGGCUUUUAAAUAUUGAGUAGUGUAGUUGGGUCCUGUUAUCUUGUAACAUCUCCAGUUUUUAAGCUUUUCAUAUUUUUUGCAACAUUUGAAAAUGUGUCCCUUUCAUUUCAGUCUCCUUGAUCAUACACUUCAUGAAGAUUUAUUUUCAAUGUAAUCCAUUUUAACUUGAAUACACAACUCAAAAGGGUGUUUUUUAGUUUGCCUCUGAUCUGUCUCGCUUUAUGGUGUGUUUUUGCAUGAGUGUAGAGGUGCUGCUUGGUCUGUCUGUUACCAAUAAAAG